AUGGAGGCUAAGAUAGAGGACGACGAACAGGAUACACUUCCCAAGUAUUUGAAGUGCAAUUAUCUCGAUGCAGUCGUUGGCAAGGAGAUUCAUAACUACUGGGGAAACCGAGUUCUCGAGCACACAACUUCGAAUGGCCAAGUACUAGCUCUCAAAGUCAGCAGUCCAAAUGGCAUUGACCGCUCGCAAGCCGAUAUGAUGCACCAUGCCGCAACACAUGGUGUAUUAGCUCCCGAGGUUCGCGGAGUCUACGAUGUCAUCACUAAACGCCCCAUUGCACGUGUUAUGGUCAGCGAGCGUGUACCCGGCGUGCCGCUCGUGGACGUCUGGCAGGCUAUGUCUGAGGAUGAGCAGAGGUCUAUCAAGUGGCAGCUUCGAGGCCAAAUACAGCAUAUGAGAACGCUCGUACAUCCAUACAUUGGCCGGAUCAACAGGCAACCGACACGCAACAUAUAUAACACCACGUUUAUCAGGCACUGUGGUCCAUUCGAGGAUGAGGAAGCUUUUGAUAAUUGGUGUCUCGAUCGAGUUUCCGGUGGAACUAUUCAACAUUGGAGAUGGAAGAAGGCUCUAGAACGGCAACGACGCAAAUCUACUGGACGUUUCGUUCUAACUCAUGGUGACUUAUCACCGCGCAAUAUCAUGGUUGACGGAAGCACUAUCACAGGGAUCAUCGACUGGGAGUUGAGCGGUUUCUAUCCUGAGUAUGUGGAGUAUGCCUUUGCUAUAGGUAUUGGCCCAGGGAUGGAAGAAUGGUGGAUUCCUGUUUUGAAGGAGGUACUGGAGCCGUGCUCUUCAGAAAUGGUGAAGUUCACGGGGCUUAUCGAGGAGAGAAUGAGCUCCUACUAG